CCUCUCCCACGCGGCCUGCUCCUCCAGCUUCUCCAACUCAUAACUCACCUCGUGAUUCUUUCCGUUUCCAUCCUCUGGGUACAGCCGGCCUGUCCAGUAACCUUCUGCAUCUCUCGGAGCGGGCAAUGCCCUUGUGGUGGUAGUUGAUUUACUCCGCGACCAACCCGUACCUGAACUCAACCAGACCAGUUGACCACAACUCUCUGCCAGUCAUGGCCAGCGCACACGCACACUAUUCCCACGGGGACAUCCGGGACGAUGAAUCAAUUCUGGACGACGAUGUGAUUGAAGCCGAUGACGCCAUCGAUGCCGAUGACCCUCUCAACGAUACCUCUGAUACAGCCCCCCUGCGAGGGAACAUUCAGCCCGAAGCGUCGAGUUCCCGUGGCGCCAAUAUUACCGGUAAUUACCUGACCUCAUCGAUUCCCGGCGAAGACCGGCGCGCGACCCAGAGCACCAUCGAUGAAACGGUGUGGGAGACGCUUUCGCGCGACUUGCGGGCGGUCUGGGAGAAGAUGCGGCAGGUCUUAUGGCCCAAGUACUUGAUCGGUGGGAUGCUGCAGCGGGGAGGAGGCGGCAUUGGAGCGGCGGAGCGGGGAGAGGCCACAGGUUUCGGGGGUGGUUUGAGGAACAUGGUAGGACGCUGGCCGGAUGCCGAUGUUGUGCUACAGGGUGGUAUGAGUGAGGGUCUACGUGACUGGGAUCUUUGGGGCCCGCUGAUUUUCUGUCUCCUCCUGAGUAUGUUCCUGUCAAUGCGCGCCAAGGGCGACCAGGCGUCGCUGGUUUUCUCGGGUGUCUUCACGAUCGUGUGGAUUGGCGAAGCGGUGGUGACGCUGCAGAUCAAGCUGCUUGGCGGAAAUAUCUCCUUCUUCCAGUCUGUUUGUAUUAUCGGGUAUACCCUGUUCCCUCUGGUCAUCGCGUCGGUUCUGAGUGCCUUUGGACUCCCGACCAUUGCGCGGAUACCGGUGUAUCUCGUGCUGAUUGCGUGGUCGAUGGCGGCGGGGGUGAGUAUUCUGGGGGGCUCGGGCGUGCUGCGGAACCGGGUGGGCAUUGCAGUGUAUCCACUGUUUGUGUUUUAUGUCGCGAUCGGGUGUCUCUGCUUCAUCAGUUAGGAACGGACCGGGACAUAUCGGAGGGUGUGGUGGAAGGCAAGACUCGAGGGGUGGCGGGGAUGUUGGUGUUGGCGUGGCUUUCGUGUCGUAUUGACUCCGAAUGAUUUUCCUUCUGUGUUUGUAUGUUGUGCGAUAGAGAACUGGCCCUGCUAUGCUAUCC